UCUAGGAGAACAAGAAUCAAACCCUAAUUUCUUUAUAACUUUUUAAGCAUUUAUCAGCAAUGGCUGAUCGUCCACAGCAUAUGCAGCCACACGGCCCACAAUUUCCACACUUCGGCCAGCAACACGGUCAACAAGUCGGACAACUUCACCAGCAACAGCCACGAUCUUACCAAGUAGUGAAGGCAGCAACAGCAGUGACAGCAGGAGGAUCAUUCUUGAUAUUAUCAGGAUUGACAUUAGCUGGAACUGUCAUUGGAUUGACAGUGGCAACACCAGUUUUGGUAAUAUUUAGUCCAGUGAUAGUACCAGCAGCAAUAACCAUUUUUAUGAUAUUAGCUGGUUUUGUAACAUCUGGUGGUUUUGGAGUUGCUGCUGCUUGGGUUGCUUCUUGGAUGUAUAGGUAUGUUACUGGUAAACAUCCACCUGGUGCUGAUCAGUUGGACUCUGCUAGACAGAAGUUAGCCAGCAAGGCUAGAGAUAUGAAAGAAUUUGGUCAACAGCAAAUUGGUAGUGCUGUUGGCGGUGCUGAGCAACGCGGUGGGGAUCGACCUGGUCAUCAGGAUCGACCUUGAACUGUUAUGAAGUGGAUCUUAAUUAAGAAAAAGAAUAAAGUACAUGCGUGCAUAUUAAUGAUUUUUCGAGUGCGCCAUCACUAUCUUGCUGACCUUCAAGAUUUGUGAUGGUGGACUUGAUGAUUAUCGAUGUAUGCAUGGGUGGUAAGUGGUGCUGAUGAUGAUUCGGAGGCUGGAGCUGCAUGCAGUAGAGUCUUUCUUAGAUUUCUAGGGGUUUUUAAUUAUGUGUAUGUAACUGUUACAGCUGUGUUGUUGUGUUUUAUGUGUAGCGUCUGUCAGUGUCUUUGUUUUGGUGUCUUUUUUUUUUUUUUUUUUUUUUUUCUUUUUGAAGCAUGCUGUUUUGGUGUCUGUUUGAGUGUUUGUUUGUUCAGCGUCUUCUUAAGAGUAAAUGUUGUGGUUAUG